AUGGUUACUUUAAAAGAAUUGAUCUUUCUUAAUUUUGUAUUUAUUGUUUAUCUUGAAAGAACAGCAUGUGAAGAUGACGAUAAAAUUUAUGUAACAAAAAAAGUUUAUUUUGAUAUUGAAAUUGAUGGUAAAAGUGAAGGUCGUAUUGUUAUUGGUUUAUUCGGUGAUAUUGUACCAAAAACAACAAAAAAUUUUGCACAAUUAGCGGCCGGUACUUUAGGUUUUGGAUAUAAUGGUUCAAUAAUUCAUCGUGUUAUUAAGAAUUUUAUGAUUCAAGGUGGUGAUUUCGAGAAUGGAGAUGGUACUGGUGGUUUAAGUAUUUAUGUCGGUAAAUUUCCUGAUGAAAAUUUCAAAUUAAAACAUUAUGGUGCUGGAUGGGUUUCAAUGGCUAAUUCCGGUAAAGAUUCUAAUACGAGUCAGUUUUUUAUCACAACUGUGAAAACUAAAUUUCUUGAUGAUGAGUAUGUUGUUUUUGGAAAAGUUCUUAAAGGUAUGUCUAUCGUACACAAAAUUGAAAAUUUGAAAACGGAUGCAUUAGAUCAUCCACUAUCAGAUAUUGUUAUCGUUAAAAGUGGUAUUUUUAAAGUACCAAAUAAAUUUGCUGUCGAACGAGAACCAGUUGAUCCUGACAUUUAA